ACUCGGGGGUAGAAUAGAGGGAGAAUGAAAAAAGUGACAUAAAUGGCGGAAACCUUCAGCGCCAACAUUUGUAUUUAAUUUGGACUAAUUUCGCACUAUUUCGUGUUUCUUAAGUAUUGAAUGCAGAGUGCAAUCGCACAACGAGUUACCAGAACGGAAAAAUUGUCUUCAAAGCGACCGCAGACCAUGUACAAACGCAAAUCGACGACUAUUGUUAAAAGAGACAGCAGCUCCGCAGCGGGCUCCUCCACAGUGGUGAUGAUGGGCGGAGGUGCUGGCGGUUCCGGCAACGUGGACAUGGACGAGCCCCAGACGCCUACCAAGGUGUACGAGACCAUCGGCAUGGACACAUCCCAGGACACGCACACGCCCCUGAAGUCUCCGCACUUGCAGCCCGGACAGCAGCGUUCCGUGGGCUCGCUGGUCUUGCUCACACAGAAAUUCGUGGAUCUCAUGAAGGCGAACGGCGGCACUAUCGAUCUGAAAGCGGCCACCAAAAUCCUGGACGUGCAGAAGCGGCGUAUAUACGAUAUCACCAAUGUGCUAGAGGGCAUUGGCCUAAUUGAUAAAGGCAGACACUGCUCCCUAGUGCGCUGGCGCGGUGGGGGGUUCAACAAUGCCAAGGACCAAGAGGAAUACGAGGAGGCACGUGACCGGACCAAUCACUUAAAACUGCAAGAGGACGAGUUGGACAAACAAUUGGAGUACGCACAGCGCAAUCUGCGUUAUGUAAUGCAGGAUCCAGCGAAUCGCUCGUAUGCGUAUUUGACCCGAGACGAUCUGCUGGACCUCUAUGGAGAUGAUUCUGUAUUUACCAUACCGAACUAUGACGAGGAAGUGGAGAUACAGCGAAAUGAGAACGAACUGAGCGUAUCGCUGGAUAAUGGCAGCACCAUUGACAUUCGCUUGGUGACCAACCAGGGCAAGAGCACAGCGAGUCCUCACGAUGCGGACGGCUUCUUCGACUACCGGCGCCUGGACACGCCCUCGCCCUCAAUGUCGUCACGCUCCAGCGAGGAUGGCAAGGGCACGGGAACCACGGGGAACGUGAUCACCGAUGAGCACACGUACUCGUGCAAUCCCGACCUUAAGGAUGAUAUAAAAGUGCUCGAAAACGAACUGACGGCUAAGAUAAUAUUUCAGAAUUACAUGACCGGGCAUUCACUGCGACGUUUCUAUCCCGAUGACCCAAAUCUAGAAAACCCGCCACUAGUGCAGCUGAACCCACCCCAAGAAGACUUCAACUUUGUGCUGAAAAGCGACGAAGGCAUCUGCGAGCUGUUUGACUUGCAAUGCUCCUAACUGCGCGGACGGGGGGAUUUUCACAUAAUAUCGACUGUACAACUACACUGCAAAUGGCCGCGAGCAUUGUGCAAAUAUUUAUGAUUAGUACAAUUCUGACCUUUGAUUUGUUUAUAUACCGUGUAGAAAUUUUAAUUAGCUUAAUUCCAAUGUAAUUUCGGCAGAUUAACAUUAAAUACAAUAAAUUCUUUACAGUGCACCCAUCAUAGAGGGUGUAAUUGCUUAUAAAACACCUUUUAUAACAUAAAACCAA